AUGACAUCCUCCCGGCAAUUCCUCUUCUGUUGUCUCGCGCUUUCAACAUUGACCGGUGGAGCCUUUGGCGCCUUCCCUGAAAAGCUUCUGGGACGCGAAGCCAGGCCGGGAAUCAAGGUGGAGGAACCCAUGGAAGCAAUGAGUGAAAUGAUGAAGGGUAUGAUGGAGUUUCAGCGAAUGAUCGAGAAAGAUUCCAUGGUCAACGCGAAAGCGCUUGAGGCCCUUCCCUCCGUUGACAUGUCAAGCUUCCUCGACACUCUGCGCUCUCUAAUUACGGCGAAGUUCGAGUUGCUCUCUGGACUCAUUGGGGGUAUCGGAAGCGGUUCCGAUCUGGGAAGCAUACUGCCUGGUCUUUUAGGUGGUUCUUUGCUUCCUAGCCUGCCCGAGCUCAGCUUUCCAGGUCUGCCUUCUUUGACACCGGGGGCUCAGACAGCUUGA